AUGUCAUUCGAAAUCUUAGUUCCUUCUGAGAGAGAGGCCCCUGGUGUCACCGACACCUUCUUUGCCGCCAUGGACAUCAACUUGUUGAUGCACGCACAAUUUCCCAACCCUGAGAGCAAGGAGUUUUUCCGAGGCUGGCUUUUCAGAGAUACUAUGGAUCAUGUCAAAAGCGUCGACAAGGGUGUCCUCGUUGCACGCGACCCAGAGACCGGGAAAAUAGCGAGUUUCGCUAAGUGGAACGUUCAGCGGCAACCGCGGUCGCGAGAGAUGGAAGAAGAAGCCGAUGAUGAUGAGUUCCCAGACUUCUGCCGUCGUCAAUACCUUGGCCCCUACGCGGAUCUUACUAAGAGUAAGAGAGACAAGGUCCUGGGCGACAAGACUUAUUACCACGUGACAUAUCUCUGCACAGAUCCCAAAUUCAAUGGCCGAGGGGCUGCGUCAACUUUGCUUCGUCGAGUGCAGGCUGAGGCCUCCAAGGAGAAUGCACCAGUUAUUCUCGAGGCUACCAUGAAUGCGGUCUCGUUUUACCGAAAACUAGGCUUCCAGAUACGAGAAGAGCUAAAUAUGGUGCUCCCAGCUCGUGGCUCAGAUGAACCAACUGAAUACUAUGAAGAGAGAGUUAUGGUUUGGGCACGAGACUGA